UUCUUCAGUCUUCCACACAGUCAUGGCUUUCAUGUCUGUGCUCUGCAUUGUUUCCCUCAUUGCAUUCUCAACAGUUUUCGUUGACGCAUAUGUUCCCGGUGUUUACUCCGGCGGACAAUGGAAGAAGGCCCAUGCUACUUUCUAUGGUGGCGGUGAUGCCGCCGGAACCAUGCAAGGGGCAUGUGGGUACGGAAAUCUGUACAGCGACGGCUACGGCAUCAACACUGCGGCGCUGAGCACUGCCCUCUUCAACAACGGUUUGACCUGUGGAGCUUGUUUUGAAAUUAAGUGUGUAAACACCAAAUGGUGUCACUCUGGUCGUCCCUCGAUCUUUGUCACCGCCACCAAUUUUUGCCCCCCAAAUUGGGCUCUGGCCAAUGACAAUGGCGGCUGGUGCAACCCUCCUCGCACUCAUUUCGAUCUCUCUCAGCCCAUCUUUCUCAAGAUCGCCGAGUACCGCGCCGGCAUUGUCCCUGUUGCAUAUCGCCGGGUGCCAUGCCGGAAGCGAGGUGGGAUCAGGUUCAAGAUCAAUGGCAACCCCCACUUCAACUUGGUUCUGAUCACCAACGUCGCCGGUGCUGGAGACGUUGUGGGGGUGAGCAUCAAAGGGUCCAAAACCGGAUGGAUGCCAAUGACCCGUAACUGGGGGCAGAACUGGCAGUCAGGCACCGUCUUAGUCGGACAGUCGCUCUCCUUCAGUGUCAAAACCAGUGACGGUCGCUACACUACUUCUUGGAACGUUGUCCCUUCCAAUUGGCAGUUUGGUCAAUCUUUCUCCGGAAAAAACUUCAGAGUCUGAUCAUGGAUUGGUUGAAGAACAUUUGAUUAUUAUUUAUAUUUCAUAUUUAUUUUUGUUUAUGGUAUAAGAGAGGUACAGUAUUUUGGAUAAGAGAGGUAUAGUAUUUAAGGGUCAUUCGCGCAGAGGCCUGAACAGAUA